AUGCUUCUUCCUCCUACAACACAGUCUGAAAACACCAGAAGAUGUAUUGAGACGUCCUCAGAUACGGAGAUGUUACCGUAAAAACGAUCGGGCCUCUCUCUUGUCUCUUACAGCUGUAAACCAGCCGGUGAUGAUAGAUUAUUUCCAGAGAUGUAGCCGAGGCUGCACACCUCCGUUACUUGGAAACUGUCAGAAAAAAAAUUCUGCGGAAAGUUUUUCUCUCUUUGAGAUGGAAGAAAGUUUGAGACAAAGCGGUUGCCACGGCCCUGUUUUGUGAUAAUGGAGGAAGUCAGGCUCUGAGAGACACAAUGUCUUGGGGGGAGUUCAUCGAGCUCCGUGACCUGAGGUCGGACAGAGAGCAGAUAGAGCUGACCGGAUCACGCUCGCCCUGCUCGCCUCCACGCCUGGAAAGAACAAACGCCCUGAGAAUCAGCCCGGGGAAGGUGCCAGACCUGUUGAGCCGGGUGGGCAUCAUCCGAGUCCUGAGCAGCACCCAGGACCCCCAGCUCCCUGAGGAGAAGGGAGAGGGACACAACUUCCAGCCUUGCAGCCACGCUCAGCCCACGUGGUGUGACUUGUGUGGAGACUUCAUCUGGGGACUUUACAAGCAGAGCCUGCGGUGUGUCAAUUGUAGAUUCACAUGCCAUUACCGCUGUCGUGCACUGAUCCGGCUGGACUGCAGCUGGGACCGAGGCCCUCUGACUGACCACACAUGUGUUGUGGAGCACACGGUAGAAACAGACACAAAUGUGGAUGAAAAAGUCGAAUGGGGAAAGCAGGAGCUGACAACUGCAGAUAUUCAGCAGAAGGUGAAGGAAUACAACGCUCAAAUCAACAGCAAUCUGUUCAUGAACAUGAACAAGGAUGGUUCAUACACUGGCUUCGUAAAAGUGCAGUUCAAGUUGGCCCGCCCCGUGUCUGUUACACCUCCAAAGAAAGGAGGUCACGACGCUGGAGGGAAGAAGGCGAGUGGAGUGAAACGUCGUACCUCUUUCUACCUGCCAAAGGACGCAUCCAAGCACCUGCACAUAAGCUCACGCACUUCUGCUCGUGAAGUCAUCGAGGCUUUGCUGAAAAAGUUCACCGUGGUGGACAAUCCUGGCAAGUUUGCUCUGUUUGAGCGCAGCGAGCGCCAUGACCAAGUUUACAUUCGCAAGCUGUCUGACGAUGAACGUCCUCUCCGCCUGCGUCUGUGCUCUGGGCCCAAUGAGAAGGUCCUCAGCUUUGUUCUCAAAGAGAAUGAAACUGGAGAAGUCAAUUGGCAUGCCUUCUCCAUGCCUGAGCUGAAGAACUUCCUGCGCAUUCUGCAGCGUGAAGAGGAGGAACACGUGAAGCAGAUAGUGCAGCGAUACGCUCUCGCCCGCACUAAAAUGCAGGAGGCUUUGGCUGGCUCGACCCCCGGCUGAAACGUCUCCGGCGUCGAAGGGGUUUGAACGUGCACCUCUUGGCUCGGCAAUCAUCGGAAGAUGAUGACCAGUCAUCGCUGCAUCCAAAGAUCCCAGAGAUACAUAACUAAAAAAAAAACGCCUCUUGGGUGAACGAGAGAGUGAGACAGGGCGCAAGACAAUGAGAGAGAGCUAGCGCGAAUGUGCGUGUGAAAUGAUGCGAGAGAAGUGCCUUACACCUGGAGAGUCUGAUGUGCCUGAGCGAAUGAGUUGAGAGAAGUGAAGACUGGCAGAUGAGACGGGUCGUAUCCAGUAAUGUCUUUUUAUUAUUGGGUACCAUCAGAUUAUCCCCAGUGCCUCAGCUGUGUCACUUUUAACUUUAAAGAACAUGCCAGUUCUGGCAUUUUUAGGUAUAAAUCGUGUCGAUUUUAUACAUUCAGAAAUCCAAGUUGAACCCUGUGUUGUAAUUGAGCAGAUAAUCACAUCUGCGAGUUUCUUUUAUUUCUCUAUAAUACAAAAUUUGAAUUACUACCUUUCAAAAAACUACAUAAUCCAUAACCGUAAUGACAUUUUUUUCAGUUAUCCCGUUAGAAAGUUAAAGACACGUUUGUUGCUGAAAGGUAUUUGGAUUUUCGUUCGACCCUCACAGCGUCUGCCAUGUCGUCUCGACACCCCCUGAAUGGGUGCAACUCUUUUUUUUUUUUUUUUUUUCCUGUGUCAAAUUGUGAGCUUGACUGAUGUAUGGACAUUUGUAUGCAACUAUGAAUGUCAAGAGCGAGCAGUGUCGAAGUGAAGUCACUCUGGUUGACUGGAAUCAUGAAUGAAUAUUGGUAUACAUGUGUUUCACUGGAAGCUGUGCGUCAUUCCUUUUUUUAAUUAUUAAUAUCUGUGUUUUUUUCUUUCUGUCUCUUUCAAAGAAAAUGUCUGUCUUCUCAGUUCUUUGUGUCCGACUAUGCACAAACCUUCAAACUGUUCAGUAAAGAUCUUUCUAUUUCCAACAA